GGAAGAGAGGAGCAUGGCAUGAGUCCCAUAUAUCAGCCAACACAUUCUCAGAGAACAAAGGAAAUGGGAAGGCCUUAUCCACCUUCUGCGGAGAUGUACGUCUUAAGCCUAUCUUUGCAGUGACUGAGAGACUGCUCCUGUCAAAACCUUUGCAUCAAGCAGUUUUGACUCAGCAACGUGGCUUCAAGACACAGCAGUCCAUCGAACGUGAAUCUCUAAGGCAAACCACAGUCGCUGACCGGUUGCGAGAUGGCCUGAAGUCCAGGCAGCGCUCCAGCAGGAAUAUCCAGCAGGAGGCAGAGAGUAAUGCAAAGUUAAAAGGUAUGCUGACAGAGGAAUCAUCUUCUGAGGUUCGCAAAAACAUGAAGGUGGCUUUUGCAGAGGGAUAUCUGGCAGCAGAACCUCAGAAGCAGCAGUCACGUACCAUGAGGUGGAUCAGGAACUUCCAACAAGUCCUGGCCAUUGUCGUGUUUAUUGCUAUUCUCUUCUCACUAAUGGGCGGUAUGGGAGGGUCCAUGUUCCGAAUGCAUGUAGGAAAUGGCAACGAGGUCCACCCAGAGGAAAUCAUUGUCUCCUUCAAGGAUGUCAGAGGGGUAGAAGAAGCCAAACAGGAAUUGCAAGAAAUUGUAGAGUUCCUGCGAAAUCCAGAGAAGUUUACUUCAUUGGGAGCUGAGUUGCCAAAGGGUGUACUGCUUGUGGGUCCUCCAGGCACAGGCAAGACACUUUUGGCUCGGGCAGUGGCAGGGGAGGCAGGAGUGCCUUUCUUUCAUGCAGCUGGCCCAGAAUUUGACGAGAUCCUAGUAGGCCAAGGGGCACGCAGAGUUAGGGAUCUCUUCCGUGCUGCUAAGAUGAGAACUCCAUGUGUCAUAUUCAUUGACGAAAUUGAUUCUGUUGGCGCCAAGCGAUCAAAUUCAGUGCUCCAUCCCUAUGCCAACCAGACAAUCAACCAGCUGCUUUCGGAAAUGGAUGGCUUCCACAAGAAUGAUGGUGUUAUUGUCCUGGGGGCCACCAAUAGACGAGAUGAUCUUGAUAAGGCCCUUAUGCGUCCAGGAAGAUUUGAUGUUGAGGUUCAGGUAUGAUGAGUCAAAUUGAUU